GCAGCCCUUGGGAGGAAGUCAUACCGGCUCCCUUUUGGUUAAAGCCACCAAUGUCAUGAGUGGUGAUGUACCUGUCAACACCGAAGACUGGUUGACCAAAAAGACUGAGGACAUUCGUCCAGACGAAUCAUUUUUCCACCAGUAUUUCACCACCAAGGACUCCAAAACGAAGGCAAAAACCAAGAAGAGAGCUAAGGAUGAAGAUGAAGAAGACUUGGAUGAUGCAGAGAUUUGGAGUGCGUUGGUGAAAUCUCGGCCUGAAAUCGAAGACGAUGAUAGUGAAGGGUCUGUUGGAUUUGGAGACAGUGAUUUUUCUGACGACGAUGGAGAGAUCGAAGAAGAGAUUGACGAAGGCGAAGAAGAGAUUGACGAAGGUGAAGCAGAGGGAGUGGAAGAAACUGAUUUUGCUGAUUUCGAUGGAAAAUUGGACUUUUCAGAGGGAGACAGCGACGACAACCUCAAUUUUAUCGACGAGGAUGAUGAGAUCAGUAGCGACGGCGAAACCGACACCAAGAAACGGGGCCGUGAUGAUAGCGACAAAUCCAGCAACAAAAAGAAGAAACUCAAGCAGUUGCCCGUGUUCGCAUCUGCUGACGAUUAUUCGCAAUAUUUGGAUUCUGACGAUGACGACUAUAGUUAGAUACAUAUAAUAUAUACAAGCCGAACCGGCGAAACAAAACCUGACCCAUAAGGUACCGACUUCCACAAAUAUGGCACAAGUCUCGAAGCCACCCCCCAGAGACCAAUUACAUCCCGUUC